AUGGCCGCGGAAGAGCUGUCGGAGAGCGGCAUGGCCGACAUCGUUCGUGCACUGGAGCUCAUCCACAGCCCCUCGUCGACAAAUGAUCUGCGCAGACAGGCGUUGACCUUCGUGGAAUCGCAAAAGGAGAGCAAGUCUGCCGCCCGUAAUGGUUUCCUGCUGGCUUCCCAGACGGAGAACGCUCCCUUGGUCCGCUAUUUCGGCCUGGGCCUUCUAGAUCAUGUCUUGCGCCACACUUCUCUCACCUCCACGGAGCAGUUGACCGUGUUGAAAGGUCUCGUUCUCAAACUGGCAGAGGCUGUUCGACCGGAAGAUCCACCGUAUCUCCGCAACAAAAUCCCCCAGCUAUGGGCGGAGAUCGCGAAGCGCACGUGGGGCUUGGACUGGAUCGAUAUGGACGAAACCUUGGUCCAGUUCUGGCAGGCCAGUCUUGUCCACAAGGAGCUUGUACUGUUAAUCCUGGAGACCCUAUCCGAUGACAUCUUCUACCGCGAGGACACAGUCUCGUCCUUACGCGGACCGGAUCUCAACCGGGCGCUGGUCGAGAUCUGUACGCCCUUUUCUGUCUUUCAAGAAAUCUAUCCGCAAAGAGAUCACCAUGUUGAAAUCCGGUGCGGAAGUGAAGGCUGGCUGGCCAGAAUCUGUGAAUUCCUGGGGUAUUGUGUUGAGAACCUACAGAACUCCAAGCAGGCAAGAGACUCUGCCCUCAAAGCCCUUGCGACCAUGAAAUCCAUAUUAGUUUGGUCAAUCCCCAAGGCCAUUGUCAACUCCAACUGCGUGGCUAGUAUUGCGAGAGCUUUUACUUGCCAGGAUGAGCAAGUGCUAUUGGCUGCGGUGGAAGCAUUGCAUGCGCUGUAUAGCAGGUCAAACUUUGAAAUCGAAGACUUCCAGCCUCUUGUGCACCUGAUGUACGAAACAGACUACCUGAACUUGCUGCAAAAGCUAUACGAGUGGUCGGUUGUCGGGCCCGACGACAUUGAUGAGACUAAAUACACAAUUUCGAAGAAGCUUUCUGAGAUGUUAUCAUACGUCGCAGGAUUCCUUGAGGAGAAGGGGUUCUCUCUAGAAAGCGCACACGGAAUGAAUCUCCCAUUCUUCUUCCACCUCAUGAUCAGUGUCAUUCAACACCAAAGCUUGAGCGUCUCGAUACCUGUUCUACAUGUAUGGUCCAAAUUGCUGGCGUCGGAAAGGAUUGGGAACACGGAGCUGGUUACUUCAUUGGCUCCCCCGUUGCUGGGUAUUUGUACACAGCGGCUCAUCCGCUGGGAAUCACUCCCAUCGGAUUCGGAAGAUCCAACAGUGGUGUUCCUAAACGAGGACAUUGACACAGUCCCUGAACGACAUGCCUUUGUGGGCAACUAUCGACGGUAUUGCUCAUCGAUCAUCGAAACAAUCGUCCAAAAGAGACCACAAGAGGCCAUUCCCCAUAUUCUCUCUGGAGUUGACACUAAUUUGAAUAACCUUUACAAUGGAGUUGAGCCUUUCAGUGUGAAAACAUUUGCAAAGGCCUCGAUGCCACUCAUGCGUGCUGACACUCAGUUCGCCGUUGUGGAAGCAACUCUGAAGGGUUACAACAAAUGGGUGUUGGCUCAUGGGAAAAUGCCUCAGCAGGACGAGCAGAAGAGAAGCGAAUUGGAAAGUGCUCUUGAAACAUGGGCGCUCAGCUUAAUGCAAAGAAACUAUGAUGACCCCGUUUUGAAGCAACGGAUCAUCAAGCUCGUGGUUGACAUCUCGGCCAGAACUUUGGACAAAACUCCCAGCUUUGCUCUCAAGGUUCUUGAGCAUAUCCUCAUGACACGCCUUCCCGACCAGCCAGAAUUCCCUGCUUACUCCGAGGCUGUGAAAGAGCUUCAUGGCUUGGCAAGUCAUGAGCUAAGACGUCUUGCCAUGCGUUAUGCUGAGUAUUUCUCGACCUUCUACGAUUUGCUUGAACCGAAGAUCAGAGAGAUUACCCUUGCCAACCGGGUGGACGACAAGCUGCAGAUGGAGCUUACAUCGAUCCUUCUCAUAAUAAUGCAACGAGCAAGCAACGUGGAUCCAUACAUUCGUCAGUCCCGAUUGACAUCGUUCUUGGAACCUAUCAGACAGGCUUGGCAAGAUGAGGAGUUCAGAAGAAUGAGCUCGUCGUUUGAGGGAUUCUGCUCCAUGCUUGGACUCCAAAGCGUGGGGCCAUACAUGCUGGCGAAAGAAGCACAUAAACUGGAGGACUGGACAUCGGUCUCCUUGGAUAGUGAAGGCAAGCAGAUCCAGGAGGAGAUGACACGGAAGUUCCAGCAUUUGCCAUUGAGAGGCACCAAGACAAUGUUGGCAGUUUCCACCGAGAAGCUGAAGAAGGGCGAACCCGCAUAUGAUCUUGCGUGUAAUAUUUGGCACGACACCAUUCCGAUGAUUCUACCGACGCUGUUACAGCUUGUCAGCAAUGCCCAUGCUUUCCACAAUCCAGCCAAUUGGGAUGGUCUCACCAAUGAAAUGAAAUCGGUCGUCGAACGUAUCUUGACCGAUAGAUUCUGGCAGGCAGGUAUUUCGACAGGAAGUCGCGAUGAAUUUUAUGCUAAAAUCACCUCUUCUCGGGCGUCUGUUGAGGGAUUCGCAUCAUCUGUUCGGGGUAAAAUCAGAGCAGUUCGGGAGUCUUGCUACUCUAUGUUAUUCAGCAUGAGCAGAAUGCGAGAGCACUUUUACGGCUUUGCAGAGCUUCCAGGACCCCUGUCUGAAGCUUUGUUCAAGGACUCGGAGCACCUUUCAUCCCACCAAUUUUCUGUCCUGCUCAAUAUCUCGCGAUGCCUCAUCGAUGACUGUCCGGUGCGAUUCCGUGGUCAUUUCUUGCCUCCGAUGCUUUCAACGCUGUUCACCCAUAUCGAUAGGAAGGUGACAGCGGAAUGGGAUAUUAUCGAGCAGCGAAGAGAGGGGUUGGCGGAUGGAGAUCUUACCACUGAAAUGAAAUCGGAGAGUAUCCUUCGACAGCUGACUUAUUCUGCGGUCAUCAUGGUGGCAAGCCUUUUGGAUCCACAAAGAGGCGACCCCGACGAAGCUGAUCCAGCGGAUCCAAGCGCACAGCAAGCACCACCUCCACUCUCCGAUUCGAUUCGUCACUUUGUUCUAUCAUCCCCAGAGAUCUUCGAACCCGUGAUGCUUUUCUGUACCCAUGCACUUCGUAUGCGUGAUACUAGAUGCUGCAGCAUCAUCACCCGGGUUAUCCGGUCCAUUUUGCAGGAUUUUGCUCCUCCCCACAACAGUCCCACCACUGCGACAAUCCGCGAAUUCAUCUCCUCGGAGGUUCUCAAAGCCUGUAUCACAUCUGUUCACGAGCCCUACUUCGUGGACAUGCAGAAGGACCUUGCCCAGUUGAUCGCAUCCAUUUGGGUUCUCUAUGGGUCAGUCAGUCCGACUCCGCGCUCUGUGAUCCUAAGCCUGCCUGGCAUGAAUGAGCAGCGAGUUGCACACACCGAGGCCGCUCUCGUUCGCUCGACUGCGGCACGGCAGCAGCGUGCUCUCAUCUUGGAUCUCUUGGAAGGCCUGAGAGGUGUUAGUAUCGCCGAGCAAGGUAAGAUCCUGGGCACACGGGAGGAACGUCGGAAAGCCAGGAGCGCACUACAGGAGAGGUACAUGACCAGCGAAGCGAUGGAAGGCCAGCAGAACCUGAAGGUUGAUAUCAACGAUGGACCUGAUCUAGGUGGGGUAGCCGACAUGUUUGGUUAA